AUGUCAUCUUCAGAAGCCAUCCACCAAUGUGUAUUCAUUCACCCAAAACCUGAAAAAUUAGACCAGGUCAGGCAGAUUUUCAAGCAGCUUGCGGACGCCGCCCAGGCUGAUGAACCCGGCUCGCUCGUUUGGGCCGUGCAUGAGCGUGAUGUCUCAGCAGGGGAACCGAUGAUUGUCGUGUGGGGAAUAUACGAAAACGCUGCGGCACGAGUCGCGCAUCGACAAAACCCGGUGCACAUUGAGCUGGUACGAGUUCUGACGGAAGAUGUGUUGUUUGCACGGCCUGCAGAAAUUAUGCCACUCAAUCAUUUGGCUGGCAGCCUUGGACCUGGCUUGAAAAAGGUGUAG